UCUCUCUCUCUCUCAAUUCCAAACGCAAACCUCAUCACCUCAUUUAUUCUGUGAAGCACAAACCUCUCUCUCUCUCACCCACACACACACCAUGGCCACCCUUCUCUUCCUCAUUCUCUCUCUAACUCUCCUCCUCUCUUGCUCCGCCUCUUUCGACCUCCCACUUUGUCUCUCUACAGGGAUCUCCAACCAUGACUGCAAUGCCCUCGCAAAAGCAGACCUCCAAGGAACCCUCUCUUUCAUUGGCAAUCAAAUAGACCAAGUUUCUACUGAUUUUGGUGGCAUAAUUCACCAAAAACCUAAACUUCUCUUCACUCCAAAAUCGACAAAAGACGUUUGUACCAUGAUUUUGGAAGUUGGGUCAUCUCAUAACUUGACUCUUGCACCAAGAGGAAAUGGCCAUUCAACUGGUGGCCAAGCUCAAGCUCUUAAUGGCGUUGUCAUGAACAUGAGUAAUUUGAAGGGUUUCACAAUUGGUGCAGAGGAAAGCUAUGUAGAUGCAGGGGCUGGAGAAUUAUGGGUUGAUUUGUUGAGGUUUACAUUGAAUCAUGAGCUCGCCCCGAGUAGCUGGACCGAUUAUCUCGACCUAACAAUCGGUGGUACGCUCUCGAAUGCCGGGAUCAGCGGGCAAACCUUUCGGUUCGGGCCUCAGAUUAAGAAUGUCUUGGAGCUCGAGGUAGUCACUGGUUUAGGAGAAAGGUUGAUAUGCAAUCAGGAGAUGAAUAGGGACCUUUUCAAUGGAGUGCUUGGAGGGCUUGGCCAAUUUGGAGUGAUAACUAAGGCCAGAAUACUUCUUCAACGGGCUCCUCAUAGGGUGAGAUACAUUCGAGUGGUAUACGCCAAAGUGGAGGAUUUUGUAAGGGACCAAGUACGUUUGGUUUCAUUACCUAAGGGCCACACCUUUGACUACAUCGAGGGGUUCAUCCUGGCCAACGAGAAUACCAUCGACGGCUGGAAAUCGGUCCCAUUCUCAUCCAAUCAAACCUUCAAUUCCACCCUUAUCCCUCAAGAAUCCGGCCCCAUUCUCUACUGCUUGGAGUUGGGAUUCAAUUAUUUCAAUUAUACUAGCAACCCCACAUUAGAGCAGAGCAUUGAGGAGCUGAUGAGAGGGUUGGGGUACAUAAGGGGACUAGAAUUUGUCAUCGAUCUCUCCUACUUUGAUUUUCUUUACAGAGUCCAUGCAGCUGAAGUUGCUCAAAGGUCAAGUGGUUCAUGGCUCCGCCCUCAUGCAUGGCUUAACCUUUUCCUGCCACAGAAGAGCAUUAUGCAGUUUGAUACACAUGUUUUCAGGACCAUGCUAAAUAAUGGGGUUGGUGGACCCGUACUUGUAUACCCAGUCAACUCCACAAUGUGGGACCCGGAGAUGAGUGCAGUGUUCCCUGAAGAAGAAGAAAUAUUUUAUGCCAUUUCAGUCCUUAGAUCAUUGGAUGCUGAUCAGCCUAUUACAGUACUAGAGUCUCAAAUGAAAGAGAACUCGGAAAUUAUAAACAUUUGUAGGAGAUUAGAUCUCAAAUGCAAGAAAUAUCUUGGAAGGUUUGAGAGUACAGAGGAGUGGAAAGAGCAUUUUGGGAGCAACAAGUGGGAAUUGUUUACAAAGAGGAAGAGCGUAUAUGACCCUAAGCACAUUCUUACUCCGGGCCAGUCUAUUUUUAUGAGGAAUUGAGAUGAGGUGUUUGUUUUGUCCUGAGUGGGCUUUUCUCUCUGUCUUAUAUGUAGAUUUUUAAUAAUGUUUUUGGGGAAAAAAAAAGUUGGUCUUGAGCCUAGAUGAAAAAGGAGGAGGGUUUUGUUAGGUUGGCAACCAAUAUAAAACUCUGUAAUGUCUUUAUUAUGA